AUGAAUAAUUUUCAGGACAAAUUGGUAUCUCUUUUGUUAAAAAUGCAAAAUAUCGCAAGUACUGUUUCUUUGCUGUUUUCAGCUAUAUUAGUAUUAGGCCAUCAAGCACCAUCAUUUCCAGAUCACAAUGCACAGAAGCCAUUGGAAGUGCAUCAUCAAGGUCAGAUACAUCAACAAUCACCACCUGCUCAUCCAAAUACACCACCUCAAGGUGCACGAGAAUUUGGAGGUGAACAAGUGAAGAAUGUUGAACACAUCAAAGAACAUUUGGAUGGUAAACUUGAUCAAACUGCAAAUAUGACACCCGAGCAAUUGCAGUUCCAUUAUUUCAAUAUGCAUGAUAUGGAUAGAAAUGGUUUAUUGGAUGGUCUUGAAUUAAUUAAAGCAAUUACACAUUUUCAUGAAGAAAAUCGGGAUUCCCGACAAGACGCAUCUCAACUACCAGCAGUACUAACGGAAACGGAAAUUGAACGGAUGUUAGAUCCAAUCUUUAAUUCGGAUGAUCUCAAUCGAGAUGGUUUUAUCAGUUAUCCUGAAUUUUCUAAAGCUCAAAAGCAACGAGACGAGCAAAUGAGACAACAAUACCAGCAACAACAACAACAACAGCAAUCUCCGCAUCACUAG